UUCCUCCCCAGCGAGCGCCCGGCUGCUGCUGACAGUGUGUUUGCUUUCGCUAGUCGUCGGGUGGAGAACUCCUCUUUGGGAUCCGCUUGGUGCGUUUUAAACGCGUAAGGUAGGGCUGGGAAAAGUGAGGAGUCCUUGCCUCCCACGUGGCUGCUGUCCCCUCCCAAGAAUUGAGGAAACGGCGACGUGCGCUGCCUUGAGUUUACUUGGUUGUUCCAAACCAUGGGCCAUCACGACCAUAUGUUCAAAGUGCUGAUUAUUGGGGAUGCCACAGUUGGGAAGACGUCACUGGUCCAGCGAUAUGCCAACGAUAGUUUCAACAAACACUACAAGUCGACGGUGGGAGUGGAUUUUGCUCUGAAGGUGGUACAGUGGUCAGAGUCUGAGACAGUGAGGCUGCAGCUGUGGGAUAUUGCAGGUCAAGAACGUUUCACGUCUAUGACUCGGCUGUAUUACAAAGAGGCAUCAGCCUGUGUGAUCAUGUUUGAUGUCACCAGUAUUGGCACGUUCACCAGCUGCCAGAAAUGGAAGUAUGAUUUGGACAGCAAACUGAAGCUGCCGGAUGGAAGCCCUGUUCCUUGUCUGCUGCUGGCUAAUAAAUGUGACCUUUAUCCAUGGGCUGUGACCAGAGAAGAAAUUGAUCGGUUCAGUAAAGAGAAUGGCUUUACCGGAUGGAUUGAAACCUCUGUCAAGGAAAACAAGAAUGUAAAUGAGUCGAUGAGAGUCCUUAUUGAGAAGAUGAUGAUGAUGUUGUUGACGUCGUCAGGUGACACGGACAUCACUCUUUCAGGCCGUGGAGACUACAUCAAUCUACAUCAAGCUGCUGCCGCGCCCAGUUGGGGGUGCUGCUAGUUGCACCUCCCUAGGCUUCUGCAUCUGAUCAGAGGUCGAGAGCGCCUUUGAAACUUAGUACUGUCUUUUCUUAAGAAGUAGUACUGAACUGCCUCAUGGCAUUGCCAUAAGCUGCAAUAGAAGACCAAGGCAUCCCAGCAAGAUUGAUGGAAGCCACAGUCUUGCCUGCUUAUGGGCCACUGGGGUACACUUCUGCCAUUCUAUAUUCCUCAUUGCAAGUUGGGCAAACUUGUAGGAGAUUGUUCUGCUCGCUGCAGCCUUUUGUACUUGUGGGAAAGUCUCCACCACAGUUGAUUGAAGAUUAUGCAGCAGGAAGAAUGGACACAAGGAGCUCUGAAAGCAAAGCCGUGGGUAACCUGGCUGUGUCUAACCAGCGUACGUGCUAAAUCUUGCACUUUGAAGCAGACUGCCUUUAAUGUAUCCUCUGUGGAAACAUGCUGUGAUUCUCCACCCCCCCCCUUGUGACACAGCUGCACAACUCUCUCUUACCACAGCCCUUCUUGAGGUGCCAUAUUUGCCAGGAUUAGCCUAUUGCUGCUUUUGUGUGUGUGUUUUCUGAGAAUGGCUGCAUUUAAGCUGAAGGAAAAAACCACAAGGGACUCUUUUCUGUCCCUUCUUUUAUGUGGGAGAUACAAUUGUCAGGUCCUUUUCCUGUGACCAUUUCAUUAGUGAGCCCAGCAAUGAAUUGAGGUAAAAGCUGUAAACUGCUUUGCAUUGAUGCACCUUAUUAGAGCAGUAGCAAUGUUUUUAUGUUUUUAUGGCCCUUUCCCUGUUAGGAUCUCAUUUGCCUCUUUCAUAUUCUGAUAAAUUACUUCCUCUCGGAGGCCGUAAUAUGUGGGUGUAGAUAGCCAUCAUGCAAUGCUUUCUUGAAAGCACGUCGAUGGGUUUUAGUGAACCGAGGGGGUAAACGCAGAAUAGGGAACACAGCAGGACAGAAGGCAAGAAUUAAAUCUCUCCUGUACCUUUUUGCUACCAGCCAUUUCCUGCCCUUUGUUUUUGCAGAAAAUACAAAAUUGUAAUUUACCAGUUUUUAAAAAUUCAUAAUUCAGGAAGGUUAACUUUUCAAAAUGGUGAGUUGUCUUAGGGUGCUUAAAUUUCUUAAUCUGUUUUUUAAAAAUUAAACAGCCCAGGAGAUGCAUGUGUAAUGGGUAAAAGAUUCCUUGAAUGAAUAAUGUGACCAUAUUCAACCAAACUCUGAAAUUUCCUGGAUCAUUGGGUAAAAGCAAAUCUAUUCAGGCCAAAAAAGAAAGAUCUAUUAAAGCCUUGCAAUGUUUGAAUCUUUGCCUGAUAACAUUACAGUUAUUUCAAACUUUCUGUCUGAAUAGGCUAAUGGGCACAACUUCUGGAUAAGAUAUAAAAUAUAUAUUCGGACCAUUUUCUCAGUUAUGUAGACAAGAAGGCACAUUAUUUAUCCAUUGGACUCGUUCUUGUUAUAGGGUAUUACAGGUUAUGUAUUUUGUAAAUAAAGUUUAUUAAACAGUUGCUGCUAAAAGGAUAACAAGCAGUGGAUGGGGAACUGGAAUCUCUCUAGAUAUCGUUCAAGAUGGUAAUAACUUUAUUUUUAAUGUUUUUAAAUGAUAGUGAAGGCAAGUUUCUUUGCACUGUUUCUGAAAACUGCAGGUAGAAGUACUAACCACAGAGAAAUUCAAGCUAAAUGCUUUUAAAGGGGAUACUCUAUAGACCACUAACGUGGUGCCCUCCAGAAGAUUUGGACUACAAUUCCCAACAAUUGGAACUGAUGGGACUUGUAGUCCAAAACAUCUGGACGGCACCAUGUUAUUGAAGAGGGAUCUAUAGAAAAAACAAUGUUAGAUAACUUGGUUGUGUUUCGGUAUAUUCAAAUAUCUCAUUGUACUCUUUGAAAUGGGAGCACAGUAAAACUAGCCUCAGAUUGCUUCGUGCAAUUGGAAGUACAAAUUACAAAGAUUUGAGGUCUUUAAAACUUCUGCCUGCACUAGUUAAGUAAGUGGUAGGAGAAGAACCUAAGGGCUUUCUAGAAAUAGUUCCUUUUCCACAUGAUGGUGAAAGUAUAUACGAUACAGUCAUACACCUGAACUACAGCACUAGCCCUUCCACUUUGUACCAUUUUUGAAAAGCUGUAUAUAAAGCAGAAUUUGACAGCUGCCUGGCAGAAAUUACUGCUGUGUUAUUGGCACACAGAUCCAUUGGACAUGAGCUGUUUCAAGCAACAUCUCUGACAGCCGUGAUCUAUAGGAGAGAGUUUUUGUAUAUCUCCCUUUGAAUGUUCUUGUGCACUGACUUACAACUGCUGUUUGGUUGUCUAAGUUAAUAUAUCUGGAGAGAUCUAUGCAACAAUGGUUGAUGUGCUAUGGUAUUGGGCGGCAGUUGCAGUCAGUAAACCUGCCCUCCAACCACAGUUGGACUCCAUCAGCCCCAGCCUUCAUGGCCAAUGGUCAAGGAUGAUGGACAUAGAGCACUAAGUUGGGUAGAGUUGUAGGACCCCCCCAUCUGUGUGAACCCAUGUAUAGCAUUGUAUAGGUAGACACUUGACAAUAUAUGCACAUUAUCUUUUCCACAUCCAGUUCUAUUUUUGUGCCUUUUGAAUAGCUGAUGAGAAAUUUUAAAAUCUCUCAAGCCGCUAUCUCAUGGAGCUGCUACUGUAUAUUCUUGACUUGCAAACAUAUAAAGGUAGCUAGGGAAACAGCUGACUUUCCAAAGGGCUGUCGUUAGAGGACCAACUGGAAUGCAAGGUAUAUGAUCAAAACACUAGAACUUUCACGUUUGAAAGAGUGCUUUGCAAAACAAGAAAUGUCUCAGUGUUUAAAUCCUGUGUGUGUUGGUCCUAAGUGCUGUGCAAAACUCUUUCUGCCAAGACAUAAUGGACAUGUUACCUCGCUUGAAGUGCUUAUUUUAUGUAAGCUUUUAAAAUAAAAACAGAGUGGUGUGUUUUGUUUUUUACACCUCAUGCUAUACUGAUUGCUUCUGAUCUAAAACUUUUAUGCCAUUUUUUCUGGUUGGAAGUAAACUGAAAGCAGUUUGCUAGAGAGAGGCUCAAAUGGGAGCUGCUGUUUCCUUUUAGGGGAGGGGGAUGCAUUUCUUCUUGGAGAUUCCUAAACCUUCCACUUAGCAUACAAGAAAAGCUGUCUUGGUAGCCUUAAGCAAGGUUGCUCACGAAACUGUUUUCGGGUUUGUAAAUUCAUUGUGCUUUAUUUAUGGCUCAGUCCCCUCCCUCUCUCCAUCAAAUUGCAGUUCUUUGAUUGCAAGCCGUGAGAUUCUAUAAAUGGUUGUCUUCAUCCAGAUGGUAUUCUAGGGCUACCUAUAGGCCAGAGGAAAUUCCUCUACCCCUCCCCCAAAUUAAAGUAUGAUGUAGGAUUUCGUAUAAUUAAAUCCUUAUCCUGCUUUGUAGCAGCAUUGCCUA